CCCCCUCCCUCUCGGCGGCGGCGGCGGAGCCACGUGGUGGGGCCGGGAGCCGUGGCCGCGGAGCGCCGGGCGGCUGCCCCCGCUGGCAGAGCUCUCCGCGCCGCGCCGGUGUGUGCGCUCCCCGCUCCCCGCCCCGCGCUCCCCGCCGGCCGCCCCGGGGCAGGGGUGCGCCGGGCGCCCGGCCGGGCAGACAAAGAAGGCGCGGCGGACGGACCGACCAUGGACCCAGAGCGCGGGCGGCCCGCCCCGGCGCCGAGGACCCGGCGCUCGCGUCCCCGGCCCUGAGCGCCCGGCCCCGCCGCCCGGGGCGCCCAGCGGGAGGAGCGCGGAGACCGCCCGGGGCGGAGGGAGCGAGCCGCCGAGCAGACGGGCGCCGCGGCGGGCGGCCUGCGCGGCCCCGGAGCCAUGGGCAAGUGCAGCGGGCGCUGCACGCUCGUCGCCUUCUGCUGCCUGCAGCUGCGCGCUCCCUAAUGAUGCCAGGAUGCCUUCACACUGUACUGUUGCCAUGGAGAUGAGCCCGUCACCACCAUGCAGGGCUGACAAAUGGUGUUCCGGUCCGGGUCCCUGGAUUGUUUCUGAGGCCUCUGCAGCCAGCCCAGGAGCGGAGGGGCCAGCCAGGUGGGCCAGGAAGGUGGCUGCACUGGAGCGGCAGAUCUUUGACUUCCUGGGCUACCAAUGGGCUCCUAUCCUGGCCAACUUCCUGCACAUCAUGGCGGUCAUCCUGGGCAUCUUUGGCACGGUGCAAUACCGCUCCCGGUACCUCAUUCUGUAUGCAGCCUGGCUGGUGCUUUGGGUUGGCUGGAAUGCGUUUAUCAUCUGCUUCUACCUGGAGGUUGGACAGCUGUCCCAGGACCGGGACUUCAUCAUGACCUUCAACACAUCCCUGCACCGCUCCUGGUGGAUGGAGAACGGGCCAGGCUGCCUGGUGACACCUGUCCUGAACUCCCGCCUGGCCCUGGAAGACCACCAUGUCAUCUCUGUCACUGGCUGCCUGCUCGACUAUCCCUACAUCGAAGCCCUCAGCAGCGCCCUGCAGAUCUUCCUGGCUCUGUUCGGCUUUGUGUUCGCCUGCUACGUGAGCAAAGUGUUCCUGGAGGAAGAAGACAGCUUUGACUUCAUCGGUGGCUUUGACUCCUACGGAUACCAGGCGCCCCAGAAGACGUCGCAUUUACAGCUGCAGCCUCUGUACACAUCGGGCUAGCUUCAGCCCCACGCCCACCCCGGUGCCGAGUGCUUUGUGCUAAACGGACAGCCACUGCCGCGAGCUCGGGGCCCAGAAGGCAGGCGCGCCCCCUGGUGUCUGGCGGGCUGACUGCAGCGGAUCUGGCCUGCAGCGGACUUGGACUUGGCCCUGUGCAGCCUGGAUGGACUUCAGGGAUGGGGCGGGGCGGGGCGGGGUGAGGGAGGGGAAUCUCGGGGUUUGUAUUUUUUUUAAAUCUCAGCCUUGGCGGGCGCUGGGGCCUCCCUCCCUUUUUCCAGCCUCUCUCUUUCAACCUUCAUUCAGCAUCCUGUUCACUGUCCAGAGAGCAGAGGCAGGAUGGACACUCACCCCAUCUCACCACACUCAUUUCACUCCGCGAGCUCGGAGCAGGAGUCCUGGGUUCUAAUCGCAGCUCCAUCACCGACUCUCUGUGUGGCAGCUGGCAAAGCCCUGGCCCUCUCUGGCCCUCAGUUUCCCCACCUCAGAUAAUUAAAAUAACCCCUUAGCAGAUGGAGCUCUUUCUAGCCUUCUCUCUCGAUGGAUUCUUGAGUUCCCUGGGUUAGGCGGGGGUUAUAAUCCCCAUUUUGCAGAUAAGGAAACUGAGGCCCAGAGGGGGUAGAGUGAUUUGCUUUGAGGCCACACCGCUAGGCUUUUGAACACAGUGUACUUUCUGUAGUUUCAACCUCCAAAACCCAGUGCCUGGUCUCCAGAUGUCAUUUUCAAACCCCUUUCCAACUUAGACACUCUAGAACCCGAUGAGAUCCACACCGUAUUUCCACAUCACCGCCACCACUUGCCAACGCCUCUCUUAAAGCAAUAUACCCGUUCUCUCGUCGGGAACUGGACAUAGGGAGCCCAGGGCCCUGAAUCCAGCCUGACCCACCGGGAGGCCUUCCUAGACUUGGCUUCUGUCCACCGUUGGCAAACCUUCCAAGCUCUCUCCAGGAAAGGGGAUUCCCAGUCAACUGUCAGCCCCCUUUCCAGAUCCCUAAAGCUGCUGCACCUGUGGUCCCCUCCGCGCUCAGCAACUCCACCUGAGCAGUUGGAAGACCUGUGACUUAAGAGCGGAAAAGGGCAGCUCAGCUCUGCCAGGUCACCACGCUCACAGAUCCCUAGCAUUUAUGACUACUCCAAUGCCCUGGAGAAGAGGUAGAGAGGGCUGGUGUGGGGGUCAGGAGGCCCAGCACACUAACUUGAGAGCAAGUAGAGAUGAGAGCUCCUUCUCCCCACCUCCCUCCACAGGCAUCCCAGAGCACCCUGCCUCCUGGGCCCUGGCGGGUGAGUCCAAGGGCAGGAGGGUCAGGCCUCAGCUCCAGCCUGUGAAGUUGGAGUGGCCCUGGGGAAGGAGGGACGGGAGGCCUCAGGGAGCUGGAGGGAAGUGCAGACCGUUUGCACACCUGAGCCCGUCUGUGGUGACCACUUUGUUCUGUGCUCUUCACUCUCUAGUAUUUCCUACUGUCUAAAGCCGACACAGCCUGAGCUAAAACCCCACUCCGAGUGCAGCUCUGUGCCAAGGAACCAGCCCCAGGAGUUUCCCUGGUCACCACAGGCACCGAGGUCCCAAAUGGUCAGCCUAUUAGCCGGUGGGUACAGCUCAAGAUGGGGCAGUUCCCUUCAGGCCUGACUGCUGCCCCACCACUUGGCUAACUCCUGCUUCCAGCCCUCUCUUCUUUCUCCUCCCUGCCCUCCUUCCCCCCAGCCAAUUGUCAUCUCGCCUCCACUCCCCCAACCCCCUUUCUACUCAAGGGGUUUAGCCACUGGUGCUUUGAAGCCUUUUGUUUUUAUAAGACAGUUUUUGCAAGGGGACCGAGUUCUCACUGGGACCUUGCAAGGCAGGGAGCGUUCCCCUGGUCUCUGCGCAGGCGGGUUGAUUAAAGAUGGUGUUUUCUUCUCUA